GGGAAGCCGGCGGCGAUGGAGGGCGGCAGCGCGGCGGGGGAGGCGGAGGCGCUCCGCGAGGCCCUCCGCCUGCUCCGGAUCGAGCCGUCGGCCGCGGGCCCGAGCGAGGCUGGGGCGGGCGGAGCGGCGCCGUGCUCGAGGAACGUCCUGCGGAAGUGGAGGCGCUGGGAGCGGGUGCUGGCGGCGCGGAGGAGGCGGCGGCCGCAGGAGAGGGAGCGGAGCCGGGCGCGGCGGGCCGGGGGCCGAGGGGCUGCCCGGCGGCACAGCAAGGCCCUGGCGGAGGAGCGGCUUCUGGAGGCCCGGGCGUCGGGGCCCCGGCUCUGCGUGGACCUCGGCAUGGCCGACCACAUGACGAUGAAGGAAACAAGCCGCCUUGCCUCUCAGAUCAGGAGACUCUACGGGGCCAACAGACAGGCCGAGAAGCCGUUUUGGCUCUAUCUGACGGAGUUUGUCAUGGGCUCGUUGAUCUAUGAGGAAUGCUUUCGCAUGAAUGACGGCUUCUCCAAUUACUUGAUGGAUACUACUCAAGAAAGUUACCUGGACCUAUUUCCUGUAGAUGCAAUUGUUUAUCUCACUCCUGACUCUGAGAAUGUCCUUGAAGAUAUUGAUCCAAAAAAAGUGUACAUCCUUGGAGGCCUGGUGGAUGAAAGUAUUCACAAGAAGCUGAGUCUGCGAAGGGCACAAGAGCAAUCCUUGCAGACAGCCCGUCUCCCAAUUCGUGAGUACAUGGUAAAAGCUGUAAACACCAAGAACUACCACUCAGAGACACUGGCAAUUAAUCAAGCCCAUUCUCAGGGAGCAGGACUGCAUAACUAGCUUUGCACAACUCAGUGUGAGGAGGCUGCCCUUGCUAGAAGUCACUAAAGGUCCUAGGCAAGGGAGGACAGGCCUGUGUCAGCCUGAAUCAAGGCAAGUUGCUUUUGUUGACAAAGCCUAUGCUUUUCCUAGUCAGAGCUUCCCCGCCAUCAUCAAAAUAGGUAUGUCACUUGCUCUCAGAUACGCUACUGUACACAUUUGCUCAUAAGAUUUGAAGUGGAAAGGAGCACAAGCCCUGUGCUGACCUCCUCGGGCAUCAUCUCUUCUCAGUUCCUGAUGUUUUGCAGCCAGUGGAAUAUGUAGUAUGGCUUGCCAUGGAUAACAGUAUCAGAACAUAGUACAUCUCUCUGUUCCUAACAGUCUUUGAUGUCUUGUCAACUUACUACAAGACCCGAAGUUGGCCAGAUGCCUUGAAAGCUGGAGUUUCUUCUGGAAAGGGCUACGUGCUUCCAGAUGCAGAGAAGUAAGUGGAGAUACCUCAACAUGACAAUGCACAAGAAAACUCUUUUAUUUUUUGAUGUUAAGGAGUUCUGCAGGGAAGAGCAGCAAACUUCAGAUUUCAAGCAGAGGCACCAGCGUAAACGUGUGCAGAAAAAAACAGUUCUGCUUAAAUUAUUUGCAUACAGACCUUGUCAAGAGUGACACAUUCUGCCUCAGCAGUACAAUGCUGGAAAUGACUUUUCAUCCUGAAAUGAAAAACAAAAGCCAGUUGAGCCUUGGCAUCAACAAAGGACUGGCAGGAGUUCAGUUUAACAAGCAUCUGCGAAUGAAAAUAGAGAAUCUGUGACUCUUAAACCUGCAACUGUUCUAAGGCAGGGAGGAGAGCUUAACGGUAUUUCUUUCACCUUGAUUAAAUAGCAAGAUUUGCAGAGCACACUGUUGAAUAAAAGUCCUUCCCAAGGAAAAGGACAGUGCUGUUCUAAUCGGGGAACACAGGAUGGAAAGAGAUUCUGCAGUGAACAAAGUUCACAGGUACACCAUGUGCUAUUUUCUUCAUGCUUCUUGUAUUGAAGACUUGGUGUGCUACUGAAGCCUGUAAUUAAUUCUGUGCAUGCUGCUCACAAUCUAAAAUAAAAUCUUUAAAGUUCCAUUGCA